AAAAAAACCCAGAGUGGUGUAUUUCGCAGAGAGAACAGAGAAGAUAAUCCAAAUGGAGCAAGCCUACAAGAACGCUUCUAAACACAUAGCUGUAAUGGCUUUCCCCUUCGGCACACAUGCUGCUCCUCUACUGAACCUCAUCCGUCAGCUAUCGGAAGCUUGCCCCGACGCCGUGUUUUCCUUCCUUAGCACCCAACAAUCGAACAGUUCGACGUUUCCGAUGAAGCUCGACAAGGUUAAGCCUUUUAAUGUUCGGGAUGGAUUACCGGAGGGUUAUAUGUUUAAGGGUAAUCCUCAUGAGCCUGUCGAAUAUUUCCUUAAGGCGGUACCGGCGAAUUUCACGGAGGUUUUAGAUGAAGUCGUGGCCGAAACUGGGAAGCCGGUUGAUUGUUUGAUAACGGAUGCGUUUUAUGCGUUCGGGGCUGAUAUUGCGGAUGAGCUGAACAUCCCGUGGGUGGCGUUUUGGACGGCCGGCCCCAGGGCACUUCUUGUUCAUGCGGAGACUAAUCUUAUUCGCCAACAUGUAGGAAAUAAUGGUCCACAGGACAAGCCACUUGAUUUUCUUCCAGAUUUUUCCGGUAUACGUGUUGCUGAUUUACCCGCUGGAAUAACCUCCGGAGACUUUAAUGCCGCCAUACCAGCACUGUUGCAUAAAAUGGAACUAGCACUGCCGCGUGCCAUCGCGAUCGCCGCUAACUCAUACGAAGACUUGGAUAACACAGUUGUCAACCUGCUUAAAUUAAGGUUCAACAUGUAUCUCAACGUCGGUCCAUUCAAUCUAGUAUCAUCAGUCUCCAGUGCCACCGUCGACGACUCGCACGGCUGCUUGGACUGGUUGAACAAGCACGAACCGGCGUCGGUGGUGUACAUCAGCUUCGGAAGCGUGAUAACGCCACCGCCCCACGAGCUACAAGAAUUAUGCGAAGCCCUGGAGGAAAGUGAGUUCCCAUUUCUUUGGUCUUACAGAGGGAGUCCCGAGAAGCAGUUGCCACAAGGGUUCCUGGAAAGAACGAGCUCGAAAGGGAAGAUAGUUCCAUGGGCUCCUCAGCAGAAAAUAUUGGAACAUCCAUCGGUCGGGGUUUUCGUAAGCCACGGCGGAUGGAAUUCGAUCCUGGAAAGUAUCGUGGGCGGUGUACCGAUGAUUUUCAGGCCAUUUUUCGGAGACCAAGGAUUAAACACUCGAACUGUGGAGGCUGUAUGGGGAUUCGGAUUGGGAUUAGAGGGGGGAACAUUGACGAAAGGAGGAGUAAUGAAAGCGUUGAAGAUGACAUUGAGCGGCGAACAAGGGAAGAAAAUGAGAGAAAAAAUUGGACUUGAGAAAGAACUGGCUUAUAAUGCAGUAAAGCCUAACGGUAGCUCAGUUGAAAAUUUCAAAACACUGGUAAAAAUUGUCUGUAACAAACCAGCUCUUAAUUAUGUCAAGAGUUAAAGAUGAACAUCACUCGGAAAUCACAUUCGUACGUCCAUGGUUGGUGUCUUUGUGCCAAAUUGUUCUUCUUAUCUUGUUUCUAUAAAAUAGUAAAAU